GCAGCUCGAACCAUUCGAUGGUUGGGUCCCGCCGAAUCCUUCUUUUUCCUCGAAUCUCUCUUUCCGAGAGAUAUCCACUUUCGAAAACUGAAUCAAUUCUCCAAAAACCUCUACUGUCCGCCAUUGAUUCCUUCUGUAAAUAUUCAUUGCUAGAAGUUCCUGGAUUGUGGAUUGUUCUUUCUAGUUUCUUUCGUUUUUUUUGUUUCCAUGGCUGAGGUGAAGAGAUCGAGCGGCACUGUAAGGUGGUUUAGCGCGCAGAAGGGGUUCGGAUUCAUAGCUCCAGAUGAUGCUACUGACGAUCUUUUUGUUCACCAGACGUCCAUUCAAUCUGAAGGAUUUCGAACUCUUUUCGAUGGUCAAGCGGUUGAGUUUGCCAUUGAUUAUGACGAAGAUCAACGCGCCAAGGCCGUGGAUGUUACUGUAACGGGUAGAUCUAGCGGAUAUGGAGGAGGCCGCGGGGGUGCGAGAGGUAGAGGCGGCGGUUAUGGGAGGUUUGGUGGAGAAGGAGGUUAUGGUGGGCGUGGUUUUGGCCGAGGAGGAGGACGGUACGACGGUCCAAGCGGUGGAUUCGGCGGCGGGGGUGGUGGUCGUGGCGGUGGUGAGUGCUACAAUUGUGGCCGGAUGGGUCAUUUGGCGAGGGAUUGUUAUAGGGGAAAUGGCGGUGCGCCUCCUAGCCGUGGAGGGGGUCGUGGAUACGGCGGUGGUCGGGGUUAUGGCGGCGGCGGCGGCGGUCGUGGUUGUUACAAUUGUGGAGAUACAGGACAUUUUGCUAGGGAUUGUCAAAAUGAAAGCAAAUGAAGAAUCUGGGUCUUCCUUCAAGCGGUAUUUACACUUAUUCUUAUGAUUAUUUUGGUUGGACUGUUAAUUUUUUGGUGCGAAUUCUGGGAUUUUAGUGUGUUGGUGACUGCAAAUCUGGUACUGAGGGCACGAGAAUCCGUGGCAAUUAAGCAUAAGGCUUCGAUUGUUCACUGUUUCUGGUUCUGGGUGUUCCAUAAUUUGUUGUUCAGAAUUCGAUGAUGAAUGAUGCAAUUGUUUGUAUAUGAUGCUAUACCUUUCCGGCAUUUCUAAUUCAUUCUUCCUUUGAUUAUUGUGAUGUUCUUAACAUGUUAUACAACAUGAUAUGUGUAAUCCAUCAUGAUUAAAUGUUCAUGCCAUUUUGUAUG